AUGGAUUCUGCACGGCCACGGCAAUCUGACAAUCAAAUUGGUUUGAAUGUUGGCGGUAAGAUCUACCUGACAACUCGGGACACCCUGACGCGGUACCCGAACAGUUUCUUUGCCAUCAUGCUAGACAGUGAUAUCCCUUCUGAUAGAGAUGCCCAAGGAAACUACCUGAUUGACCGGGAUAGCGAGAUAUUUCGCCAUGUCCUGAAUUUCAUGAGGUGUGGCGAACUUGUGCUACCACGGGGAUUUAAUGAGUUCGAUUUACUGGAACGUGAAGCCGACUUCUUUUCGCUCGAGGCGCUGGAAGUGGCGUUAAGAGAAGCUGCAGGUAUGUCGGUGGGGAUUACGGUAAUUGGAACGGGUAAUGGCACCAGGAGCACGUAUAUGAUGACCAGAGAGGCAUUGAUGAGAGAAAAAGAAUCUUUCUUCACCGACAUGUUGGAUGGAGGGAAGCCAUUUCCAAGAGACAGACAAGAUAACUACGUCAUCAGUAGGAACAAUAGUCUCUUCCAUCAUGUUGCUGACUACCUAGUACGUGGAGGAAUCCUCAAUGACAUCACAUCGAGUGACCUUCAGCAGCUACGAAAAGAAGCCAAGUAUUUUAGACUGCAAAUGUUGGAACAACACAUUCAAAGCGUUGAAUCCUUGAGGCAACAAGGAUUCCUACACAUUCAUUUCUUUUACUCUGAGAAUGGCCCGUGUGUUGCUUAUUCAGGCAAGCUCCGUGAUCUAGACCGCUUAUCCCUCGAAAAGCUUUGGAAGGGAUAUCAAAUUGGUAACGAAGUCUAUGCUGGAGAAGUGGACCCUAAAACAAUGUUCAAAUUUACAAGUGCAAGCUCUGUUAAGGAAUUUUUCUCAACCCAGACAUCCAAAUCUGUUAAAAUGUCUGAACUAAGCUCCAAUUGUACUCGAAUAGAUGUGCAAAUAUACUAG